AUGAAACUUCUUUCUACCGUCGUCUUAGCUUUGACUUGUGGCCUUGUCCACUCAAGCCCUACAUCAAGGGCAGCAAAACCACCGAAAUUCUUCCUGAUUGGAGAUUCCACCGUCGCUGUGAAUGGCGGCUGGGGUGACGGACUCCUCUCAUAUCUCAAGGCCCCCGCCGAAGGCGAUAAUAGAGGCGUGAGUGGUUCUACAACUGUGUCUUGGAAGUCCAGUGGCCGCUGGGAUACACUUAUCCGAGAUAUCAGCUCUGCCAAGGGUGACUUUGAGCCAGUGGUCACUAUUCAGUUUGGUCACAAUGACCAAAAGGUGAUGCAGUUGGACGAGUUCCAUUCUAAUCUCGUCAGCAUUGGUAAUGAUAUCAAGAACGCCGGAGGGACACCAAUCUUCAUUACAUCAUUGACACGACGCACAUUCUCAGGCGGACAAGUUGUCGAAAAUCUCAAAGACUGGGCUGCGGAAACUAUCGCCGCUGCUGGAGAUGUCGGUGCGGGUUACCUCGAAUUGAACAAAGCGAGCACGGAUUAUGUCAAUGCGAUUGGGGCACAGAACUCUGACUAUUACAACUGGGGGCCUGGCGAUAGGACGCAUCUCAAUCCUCCUGGCGAGAUAGUCUUUGGGCGCAUGGUUACUGAUUUGUUAUUGGAGAAACGCCAGGACUUUGUCGUCUACUUUACUUCGAAUGAGGCGCUGAGCGAGAAGAUCAAGAACGGGGAGUUUGCAAAUGGGGAGGAGUGA